AUGAUAACUUCAUCAAUUAUUCUGCUCGGCAUAAUCGCAGAGGAAGUUUUAUGUAGAGGAAGUUUUGGAACAGUUACCUGUUUUGAGAAUUUAGAAACAGUUCCACCUUUUGAAACAUGGGAUCAAAUCUCUUAUAUAAAUCGACCUGUUGAGAUUAACAAAGAAGGAAAGUAUUUCACUUUAUAUGAUGCGGUAAAAUCGAUUCUUCCAGAAUUUUUUCAUCCUGCUGAAGAAGAAAGCAAAGAUGGGGUGAUAAAAGUUGUUAGGAUUCAAGGGAUUGAGCCAAAAAUGGAAAUACCGUUUUCUUGGGUGGUUAACAAUUUGAUGAAUCCUGAUUACUUUCUUCAUAUUUGUGUUUACAUUAAUGCUGGUAGAACAAUGGGUUUACGGAAAUACUACUGGCAAUAUAAAGAGUCAAAUUCUUUGAAUGUCAGUGGUUCUAUAUGUUUAAGAUUGAAUUCUUUAUCAUUGUCACAAAUUGAGUCUUUUGAGAGGUCGGCUUUUAUUGAUUUGAGUGCAGGUCCUUUUUCAUGGGAACCUGCUGUUGGUGGAGAAGGUGUGAAUACAGAGCUUACCCCUUAA